GUUAUUGUGUGCUAACUGGCAUGCGGUAUAUUGUCGUAUUUACACAAGUAUCAUUUGGAUCCAUUCGGAUUACCCGAAGGGAUAAUUAGUGCUUAGCGAAGCUUGACACUACUUUUUAAAAAACAAUACUGAUCGUUUGGCUUCUGUGUGCUACUGCUCACUGCUGUAUGCUUCAGCCAGAUUUUGAAACAAAAAAACAGCCGACUGCAAACCUUGAAUCAAAAAAGGAUUGCUGAAAAUAAACACUUCUACUCCGCACGAAUCACGUUCGAGCAUUCGAACCUCUUCACGUUCUGCUAAAAAAAAACAUCGUUUUACACAGAUUAUUAUAUCAAGUCCGUCAGAAUUUAGAUUCAGCACUUGCAAGUUGGAGAAAGCACUGCGAUGGUGGACACCGACCCUCAAAUAAAGAGGCUUUUGUUGCCUACGGAGGAAACUUUGUUUGAGCAAUUAUUGAGAAUUGGUCUUUACCUGGGAGCUGUAUUUCAAAUUAUCUGUCUCCUGGCAAUUGUAGUGUACCAGGCAGGACCAUCAGACGGGGUGACUGCUCUAAAGGACGAUCCAAGUGAUGUUGAAUGCUCCGAAAACAGCCCUCAAGUAACACCCAGACGGCCUCAUAGACUCCGAAAACAAGAGAAAAAGAAGAGACGCUGAUGAAACAAGAGAUGAAUGCGAGAACUGUACAUGGAGAUAUUUUAUACAUUUUGUGAUAUUUUAUCUGUACAUUUAUUAUUUAUCGACUUGAAAAUGACUAGUUAGUUGAUUAUACAUUACUCUGGUAUCGUAAAAUAGAAAAUUAUUUCUAAGUAGCAACUUUAUCUGGCAGCUCUGUAUUCUGAGUAUAAGAUUAAAAUUAAAAUACUUUCAUUUAUAUGAAUGAUUGUAUCCCACAUGAAUAAGAAAAAAAUUGAAAAAGAAUAUUGAAAACAUUACAGCACAGAUUUCAAUGAUUUUCAUUAGAAUAUUUUGCCAAUCAUUUUGAUCUAAGAAUAGGUUCUUUAGAGUUGGAAUAGGAAGGGAAGAUGUAUGAACUAGAAACAGGUCGUAAUUUAAUAUAUAAAUAAGAAUUAAUACUUUUGAUUACUUGCGAUAAAAAUUAUAAUUGUACGGUUUAUAUUUUUUAUAUUCGUUUUAUUGUUUUUAAUAUAUGAUAACAUGUUUCAUUGAAUCAUUUAUUCUUGCGAAAAUGUCAGCCAACUAUAUGCCAGAACCUCUUCAGCCAAUAUUUGAAGUAAUGAUAUAGUACUGAUAAAUUUAUUAAUGAUGUAGCAACGAAUACAAAAUACUUAUACUGAUAUACAGCUGGCUAAGAGGAUCUAAUUUGCAUACCACUCUAGUGCCUGUACUUUGUGUUUAUGUGUAGAUGAGUGUAUUUAUUUUGUGUUACAACAUGUAAGAAAAAUAAAAAUGAAGUUUCUUGCAAAAACGAAA